AUGUUAAAAGUUUUUUUUUUUUUUUUUUUUUUAAACAAAAUUAUAGAUGUAAGGGUACGAACAAGUGAAAAGUAUCGUAUGGUAUACACUGAUUAUCAACGAUUGGAAUUGGAGAAAGAAUUUCGUACCUCACAAUUUAUCAAUUCGGAACGAAAAUCACAACUUUCAUCUCAAUUACAACUUACCGAACGACAAAUUAAAAUAUGGUUUCAAAAUCGGUUAGUUUCUGUUUUUUCAUAUGAUAAGAAAUUUGGGAUACAAAUGAUAAUGCAUGUUUGA